CAGAAAAAGGUAUGAGGCAUUCGACAGUGCGCUGCUCUGCUGUGUUCGAACGAUUCAACAAACCAAAUUGGCAUUCAAGUCCAACUGAACAGUGAAUAGUACGUAAUGUUGCUACGGUAGUGUUGUGUGCAUUGUUCAUUUCAUCCAAAACGAACCGACCGAAGAGAAAAAACACACAAUUUUUUUUUACGUUCGCAGAGUAUUGGGAAAAAGCAACAUUUUUUUUUCAAUAGAAAAAGAAACAAUUUCGUCAGAAAAUUUUAUUAAAAAAAAAUUCAAAAUUUUCAUUAAAAAUAUUUUCAUUCGCAUUUGUACGUAAUUUGCGCCAAAAUUUGCAUGAUUUCGAAUGGAUUUUCAACGUUUUAGUGAAAUGACAUCACCUGAAAUCAACUUAAAUAAAAAGAUACUAAAAAUGUCGGAUAUUGAGUUGACAAACAAUGCAUCAAGUGAAUUGAGUGCGGGAUUUUCAACACCGCCAUCAUCAUCGCUGGACACAUGCGAUUCGGGUUUUAAUGAUUUAUAUUCGAAUAGUUUCACAUUGAUUAGUUCAGCGAGUAGUAAGAGUUCGCGCACAACACCCGCUCAAAUCGAUAAUUCAGAUUCGUCGCCCGAAUCGGCGCAACUGUUUGAUGAUAAUUCAGCAACUGAAUCACAAAAUACAACACCACAGAAUGUGACCGAUCAUGGUCCACCAUUAUAUGGUGAUGUAUGCGGCGGCGGCGGCGGCAAUCCAAUUAAUGAAGCCCAAUUAGACUUAAAUAGUUUAGAUUAUGAUCACACAACAAAUGCCUGUGGGACGACGACGACCGCGACGACGUCGACGGUAGCGUCAACAGCGACAACGGUUGCUAAUAAGAAUAGAUUCGGAGACAAUGAUGCAGAUGACUACAAUGAUGACAGUAAUAUGUCAGAUAUAUCAGAUUUAUCUGAUGUUUUUAAGCUCAAUUCAGACAUUAUGCCUGAAAUGCAACGUUCCAUAGACUGGGUACACAUGCAAAUCGCGUCCGGUGUAAAUCCACGUGAGUGCCUAUCGCGGAUAUUUGUGAAUAGUCCAAAACAAACAAUACCCGAAAAUAUAACGGACAAUGAUCUAUGGCGCGUUAUUGCGGCCAUUCUGUCCGAUCCACCACGGCGACAGCGUUUGCAAGAUAUUCAAACAAUUGAAGAAGUGUGCGAUACAAUAAAAAAAUCAAAAAAUAUAAUAGUAUUAACUGGUGCGGGAGUAAGUGUGUCAUGUGGCAUACCUGAUUUCCGUUCACGAGAUGGCAUUUAUGAGCGUUUACGCAUUGAAUAUCCAGAUAUGAGAGAUCCACAAUCCAUGUUUGAUAUUGGCUAUUUUGCACGUGAUCCCCGUCCAUUCUAUCAAUUUGCAAAAGAAAUUUAUCCGGGACAAUUUCAACCAUCACUAUCGCAUCGAUUUAUAAAAUUGCUUGAACGCAAAGGUAAAUUAUUACGAAAUUAUACACAAAACAUUGACACAUUGGAACGCGUGGCCGGCAUUGAAAAUGUUAUUGAAUGUCAUGGUUCAUUUGCGACGGCCAGUUGUACACGUUGCAAAUAUAUGGUAGAAGCGGAUGAAAUUCAAGAUGAUAUUCUGCAUCAACGGAUUCCAAUGUGUAAAAUAUGCGAUACACCGAAAGAUGGCGAUCACGAUGACAACGAUGCAUUAUUGAAUCCACGACCCGAACAACCGUUUAAUUACAAUCAAUUGGUGGCGGCCGGUGUCAUGAAACCGGACAUUGUAUUCUUUGGCGAAAGUCUACCCGAUAAAUUCCAUUCGACCAUCGAACUCGAUAAGAGUCAUUGUGAUCUAUUGAUUGUCAUUGGAUCAUCGCUUAAAGUACGGCCGGUUGCACUUAUACCAAGCUCAAUUAAUCAAUCAAUUCCACAAAUUCUGAUCAAUCGCGAACAACUCGAUCAUUUUGUAUUUGAUGUUGAAUUACUCGGCGAUUCAGAUGUUAUCAUUAAUCAUAUGUUGCACACACUCGGCGAAGACUGGAAUGACUUUUGUCCACAGCCAGCGUUGAAACAAACAAAUGAGCUCAUCCUUAGUCCUAUGAAUGUUCACAAUAUACCUCCAUUAUUAGCCAAUGCUGUGAUUAAGAGGCCCCAAGAGCCUGCUUCAGAUACGAUGGCCGCUUCUGUAAAUUCAACCAUUUCGGCAGCAUCUGUAUCAAGUGAUGAUGGCCCACAAACAUCAGAUGAAUCGUGCAAUGAAAAAUCACAGUCAUCACAGGACUCACCCGAAUUGGAACGGUCAUCCGAAUCGUAUUUAUCGAUGGCCAAUUUCUUACCGGACAAUUCAUUCUUUUACAACGAAAAGAACUGUUAUAUAUUCCCCGGUGCCGAAAUUUGGUGGAACAAAGACUCUGAUCUCGAAUCAACAUCGUCCGAUAGUUCAAAUGACGACGAUGAUGAUGAUGACAUCGAAGAUAUGGAAUUGUCAACGAUUGAACGAAAUGAAAUGAUUAGCGAUGUGGAAACAACGAUUGCCGUUGAAAAUUUAUUAGAAAAUACAAAUGAGCACGAAUUUAAUAAGUAUUUGCUGAAGCGAAAUGCAAGCACUACACUCGAGCAUAUUCACAUAGGCGAUAGUGAAAUUGACGAUAUGAAUUGUUCAAAGCGACUGAAAUUAAACGAACAAUCGACGGAUACAACGGCAUCAUCGAUUGAUCACCAACCUCAUCAUCAUCAUCAUCAUCAUCACAAUCAUCAGCAUCAUAUUGAACAUACAAGUACAAUGUGCGAUACAACGCUGGACAACAGUUGUAGCAGUAGCAAUACAAGCGAUCCAUCGUUGCCGCCACAAAACGAAGUAUUUUCCCCUAAGUUAUGAAUUAGGUUAAACAAAUUUUUAUAAUUUUCAAAUAAUUUUUUUUGUAUUUGAACACAUUUUAUUCAAUGUGUAUAUCGUUUCUGUUUUGUGUCGUCCUAAAGUAUGUUGAAGAGCGUUCGAUUAUCGGCGCGUUGAUCGACAUGAUUUAAAAAAAAUGCAUACACAGGUAUGCGUAUAUGUGCGCGCAUUUAAUUUACGCAAACAUGCACAAAACAAAUACACACACACUCUCACACACAAAUCAAUCGUUCGUCUGUAUAUGUAUUUGUUGUUGUCAAAAAGAGGAUGAAAAAAAAGGAGAUUAAGUCAUGUGUGUGUGUGUGUGUGUAAAAUCGAUGAAGGAAAAUUCGAUAAAAAAGUUUAAACCGUGAAAAUGAGUAUAAGAGAUUAAAAAAAUAACAAAAGCCUUUUUUAAAGUAAAAUCGCAAUCGCCAUGCCUGAAAUGUUCUAAUGCAACAUUUACGUGCUUAAUGAGUGCAUUAUAUACUAAUUGAGAUAGAAAAAAAAGAGAUAGCUGAGGGUAGAAACAAAAAGUAUUUCAAUAAAAAAACAAAUUAGUGAGAACGAACUUGAAUAGGCUUGACUCAUUUCACAAAGUGGUAAUUGAAUUAUGUCAAUUGGUAGUUUAGUUUUCUUGCUAACACAUCUAACGGCUACAAACGCUAGCAUACUAAAACUUUCUUCAAAUUUUUCUUUAAUCCAGUGAUAUUUUUACUUGUACAUAUAUGGGAAUUCGGAAUUCGGUUCCCGUUUAAAAAGAAAAACAACAACACAAAUUUAGAAUACCUAUAUUAUCAUUUUUUUUAUAUCUUAUUAUUUUGUCGACAUUUAUCUAUGCACUUUUCUUUUCUUUUCAUUAUAAUUACAUUGAAUUAUUUUCAACAUGUAUAUUUAAAAUUAUUUGAAAAAACCAAUUGAUUUAUGGGAAAAUGAGAGAGAGAAAAAGGCGUAUCGAGGCCCUUUUUACCCCGUAGAAGUUCGAUUCUCACUGCAGGAAUAUAUAUAUAUAUUCACGAUUUAAAUAAGCUGUUUAUCGACUGAAAGAUUAUGAUGAUGAUUAUAAUGUAGACGGCAUUAAAGCAAUAAUAAUACAUUCUCAUCGGUGCGAACAAAAUAACACAAACUAUUUAUUAAAUAUCUUGUACAUAUAUUAAAAAUGUAUGUAUGCAAAAAGGAACGACGAAUUUCGUCAACAUUGAACCAUUUCCCCGAUCUGGUUUUCGAAAAGAAAAAAGAGGAGGGUACAUUGUUCAAUUGUGAUUGAUUUGGUUUUUUUUGAGGAAAUAAUUGGAAAAUCAAUUAAAAACACAAAACAUGUACUUUUAAUGCGAAUUUUUGUUCAACUUUUCUUUGACCAAAAA